CUCACCUUGCCAAGAAAACAGGAAAGAAGAGCCACAAGCGGAAAUUACGGCAGCGCCUCUUCCUGACUCGGUAUACAAACAAAAGCGACGUUCAAUUUAACACUUAUUUUGGCAGGCUCACGCUUAUUUGGCAGAACUCUCGGUAGAACGAAAUGCGUGGUGUCUGCUGAAAUGUUUGCGUGAAAGCUCCAUCGCCUCGGCUAGCUGGUUAGCAUGACAUGCUAGGUCGACAUGUUUGUUGUCGUGCUGGAGCGAAGGAGAGCGACAUGAUGGCAUGAAAACCUUCGCGGUGUUUGCUGCACGCUUUUCCACCGCAAGGCUGAAAGUUGUAGACAACUUGGACUGAAGGUGCUCCCAGGAACCAAACCUCGUUGAGAUCUGCACACAUUCAUCAUGGCCUGGGCUUUAAAGUUGCCUCUGACUGACGAAGUGAUUGAGUCUGGACUGGUCCAGGACUUUGAUGCCAGUCUGUCAGGCAUCGGCCAGGAGCUGGGCGCCGGGGCGUACAGCAUGAGCGACGUCCUGGCCCUGCCCAUCUUCAAGCAGGAGGAGUCCAACUUGCCGCCGGACGCCGACAACAAGAUUCUUCCCUUCCAGUAUGUCCUUUGUGCCGCUACCUCGCCAGCUGUCAAACUGCAUGAUGAAACACUCACCUACCUCAAUCAAGGGCAGUCCUAUGAAAUUAUCAUGCUUGAUAAUCGGAAAAUUGGUGAACUCCCGGAAAUCUCUGGUAAAAUGGUUAAGAGCAUCAUUCGCGUGGUGUUUCAUGACCGUCGACUUCAGUACACGGAGCACCAGCAGCUAGAAGGCUGGCGCUGGAACAGGCCUGGAGAUCGUAUUCUGGACCUAGAUAUCCCCAUGUCGGUCGGCAUCGUGGACCCCCGGGCCAACCCCACCCAGCUUAACACUGUGGAGUACCUCUGGGAGCCGUCAAAAAGAACCUCUGUUUUUAUCCAGGUUCACUGCAUCAGCACGGAGUUUACCAUGCGGAAGCAUGGCGGCGAGAAGGGCGUUCCUUUCCGAAUCCAGAUCGACACGUUCAAAGAGAACGAGGGCGGCGAGUACACAGAGCACCUUCACUCCGCCUCCUGCCAGGUCAAAGUUUUCAAGCCUAAAGGUGCCGACAGAAAGCAGAAGACGGACCGGGAGAAGAUGGAGAAGAGAGCACCGCAGGAGAAGGAGAAGUACCAACCCUCCUAUGAAACAACCAUUCUCACCGAGUGUUCUCCCUGGCCCGAGGUUACGUACGUCAACAACUCCCCAUCGCCGGCCUUCAACAGCACACCAAACAGCUUCUCGGUGGCAGAAGGAAACGGUUCACCAAACCACCAGCCUGAGCCUGUUGUUCAGGUAGCAGAUAAUUUGUUACCUGCGGCCACACCACAAGAUGCACAGCAGUGGCUUCUCCGAAACCGCUUUUCGCCCUUCUGUCGUCUCUUCACCAACUUCUCAGGAGCGGACCUGUUGAAGCUGACCAGGGAGGAUGUCAUUCAGAUCUGUGGCCCAGCAGACGGUAUUCGGCUUUUCAAUGCACUAAAAGGACGGGUGGUGCGUCCGAGGCUGACCAUCUACGUGUGCCAGGAGUCUCAGCAGGCGCGCGAGCAGCAGGCCAAGCACGAGAAUGGAGACGCAGCCAACAACACUUUCUUCAUCUACCACGCCAUCUACCUGGAGGAGCUGACAGCCGUCGAGCUGACGGAGAAGAUCGCCCAGCUCUUCAACAUCUCUCCCAGGCAGAUCAAUCAGAUCUUCAAGCAGGGUCCCACCGGCAUCCACGUGCUGGUCAGCGAUGAGAUGAUUCAGAACUUCCAGGAUGAAGUUUGUUUCGUUUUGGACACAAUGAAAGACGACUCCAACGACGGCUACCACAUCAUCCUGAAGUGACCAGCAGCCUGUCAGCCUCCCCCAGCCCGCAUCACUCGGACGCCCCCAGCAGUGAAGCCUCUGGAGGCAUUUUCCUUCCCUCGCUUCAUGUCUUAUUCGGGGGAGGGAGUGACUGUUACCACGGUGACGAAGCCUUUUGCCUCUUUUUCCCUCCUCGACAGGGUUGCUUUCCUUUCCUCUCCUUUCGUUUACGUCUCUGGAGCCAGUUUGGCUGGGGCGAGCAGCGGCGUCUGGAAUCUGUGUGUGUAAAACAAAAAAAACAACAAUUCCGUUAAAGCAGCCAGUGGCAUCAGGGACUUGAAGGAAAAGUGGAGUCCAGCGAUUAACACGCUUAGCAUCUUUAGCUAAUGUCCUCUUGCACUAAUGACAAACAGAAGACUUUGUGUCAGUGGUCGACUUGUGGCAUUACUGCAUUUCAGUUGGGCCCCAAAGUAGAUUUGGAAAGUAUUUUCCUAACACCUCACCUCAUGAAGUGUUUUUAAUUGUCUUUGUUUUUUUAUGCAAAUGCUAUCAAAAGGUCCCUGCUUUGGUGAUCCGUUAGACGUUUUAGAUGUUUGCAUUCACUCAUGUCCCUGUGAUGCGUACGCAACCACGUUCCACUCUUUCAAAUGCCUGCAAAAAAUAAAACUCCUUUUUAAAUUUAAAAAAAAGGAACAUGGGAUUGCCAUCUAUCUGGUUUGAUUUUUUUUUUUUUUUUUUUUUUUUUU